AUGAGUGACAAAAGACCAGGACUCUCCAACCAGAAAUCCAGCGAUCGUUUUCGGUUUCUGCGCAGUAGAUCGCCUGCGGGUAAUGCGCCGCAGGGACCUGCAAGCGGCGCGACAGCAUACGAUUCGAGCAGCGACGACGAGGCCGCAGAGCCCGUUCGCGCUACAAGCUCUCUAGCGCUUCCCUCGUUCAAUCAGGGCUCCUCGCAAGCGGCCGGCCGCCAGCAAAUGAUAGAACAAGACGCCGUGGACACGAUUCGGCUCAACAGCGGUAACGACGGGGACUCCGAUCCUGGUGAGGACGUAGCUCAGGACUUGGCGCUCCAGGAGCAAAUGCGCCGCGACUACGAGACCAAAAGGGCAAGAUUCGCAGAUCUACCACAUGAGGACGAAGAUCAGGUCGACGAUGAUGACAAGCUUGCCCACCACGACGAGGCGGACUUGACAGAUAUGAGGGGCGAAACACGAUCUGCUAAAACAAAGCGUAACAGCGAGACCCCGAGCUUUCAAGAGGACGAGAAGGACAACAACGAUACUUCGUCAAGCACGGCCUCCGACGAGGACAAGGUUGACCAUUUCAAGUCCUUUUUCAGGCGCAGGUCGACUUUGCGUCGCCAAUCCAACGAUUCUAGGCCCAGCCACGGAAUGCGCAGUUUGAGAGAGGAAGAUGAAGACGACGGAAACGUGCUAUCGAAGUUCCUCCAAUUUACUGGCGGUGGUCUAACGCCAGCACUGGGCCGUACCGAGUCUCAAAAAUCUAAACCCGACCCAGAAAAAAUAGGUGGCCAGGAAAACUUGGAUGCUCCACUCGAAGACCCUGACAUCAAAGAGGCGGCUCAGAAUAUCGUGCAGUCGCAUGCCAAUGACGAUCGGGCAAGGCGCGGUGAGAAUUCUCCUAAUCACUUGCAAGUGCCCUCCGACGUUGAUCCAGCCGUGAGUCUAUCAGACGGAGAGACCGCGGUUAACUCGUCUCAUAGCUCUUUCUUCGCUAGUAGGGUGGGUCACUAUGACGACAUCGAUCAGCAGGAAGACUUUGAUCCUCUUAUGGAGGACUCCUCUUUUAUUGCACCCCCUUCAAGAGUACGCGGUGGUGUCUUGGGCUCGUUACUGAAGCUGUAUCAGAACGAGCAAGACACAGCAACACAAUCCCAAAUCUCAUUGGACCAACCAACUGACACAGAAGCCACCGAUUCGCUUCUUGCCUCUAGGUCGGAGACGCCGGAAGCUGAUGGUCAGAAAAAGAGCAAGAAGAUUUCUUUUAACACCCCCUUUUCAACUGUGAAGAAUAAAGCGAAAAGUGGGUUCGAGUACGCCGAGCACGCCGGUAAUUCUCUAACUAAGCUUCCCAACUUCAAGGCUACGAGACCAAAAAUGAAGAAUGUGAAAAAUGUCACCAGGCAUGCCAACAAGUUACGUCGUAGGGCCAAUGCUGAGGCAAGAAUUACGGUCCAUAUUGCUGACCUUUUGCAAAGACAGAGAUUUAUCCUUAGACUUUGUAAAGCCCUCAUGUUGUAUGGGGCGCCAACACAUCGUUUGGAAGAAUAUAUGGUAAUGACUUCUCGUGUUAUGGAGAUUGAUGGCCAGUUUUUGUACAUCCCAGGUUGUAUGGUGGUAUCCUUCGGUGAUGCCACGACGAGAACAUCCGAAGUUCAAUUGGUCAGAUGCGCUCAAGGUUUGAAUUUGUGGAAGUUGCAUGAAGUGCAUUCCGUCUAUAAAAGUGUGAUUCACGACUUGUGUCCUGUUGAGGAUGCCAACAAUGCUAUCGACAACAUUCUGAAAGAAAAGAAUUUAUAUCCGCCUUGGGUAUGUGUUAUACUCUACGGUGUCUGCUCCUCCUUCGUUACUCCGUUUGCGUUUGGGGGUGAUUGGAUCAAUAUGGCAACUUCCUUCGUCAUUGGUACUUGUGUUGGAUUCAUGCAGUUUAUUGUUGCUCAGAGAUCAAGUUUGUACUCCAAUGUUUUUGAGGUUACGGCAUCGAUUGUUGUGAGUUUUUGCGCGCGUGCACUGGGUUCGAUUGCGCCCGGUAAGUCAAACAUUUGUUUCGGCGCAACGGCGCAAGGGUCGUUAGCGCUAAUUUUACCCGGUUACAUUAUCCUGUGUGGUUCUCUAGAGCUGCAAAGCCGAAACUUGGUGGCGGGAUCCGUUAGAAUGUUUUACGCCAUCAUUUAUUCGUUAUUUCUUGGAUUCGGUAUCACUUUGGGUGCAGCUUUAUUUGGGUGGAUAUACAAAUCGGCCACCAAUGAGACGACAUGUGCAAAAAGCGUUUCGCCUUGGUAUCGCUUUUUAUUCGUGCCUGCGUUCUCGAUUGGGCUUGGCUUGAUCAAUCAAGCCAAGUGGAGUCAGUUGCCAGUGAUGACUUUCAUUUCCUGUUGCGGUUACGUUGUCACCUAUUUCUCUGGUCUGCAUUUCAAGAAUUCUACGGAAUUUAAUUCUGCUCUGGCUGCGUUUAUAAUUGGAAUAUUGGGAAACCUAUAUUCGAGAAUCUGGAAAGGAUUGGCGGUGUCUGCCAUGUUGCCCGGCAUUUUCGUGCAAGUCCCCUCUGGUGUUGCCUCGCAAAGUUCAUUGCUUGCCGGUAUCCAGAGCGCUAAUCAAAUUACAAACCAUACCAAAGGAGCGAACGAUGGCACAAGCGAUCUUUCUGGGUCAAUGUCGUUUGGUGUUACUAUGAUUCAGGUCUCGAUUGGAAUUUCCGUCGGGCUGUUCGCCUCAACGCUUUUCGUCUAUCCAUUCGGCAAAAAGAGAACAAGUUUGUUCACCUUGUAA